CUAGCCCCGAUGCCUAUGGUCAGUAUCAGAACCCAUCAGCGGUGGCUAUCCCUGGAGCGACAAUGAUGGCAAGUCAUUAUGGUCAAGGAAAUGGAAUUCCAACCACUUUCCAACAACCAAAUCCGUCCGCAUUUACAGCGUAUUCCAGCGGCAACUUAUCUUCAUCCUACGGUAACAUGAAUCAGUAUCAUCAUAUGAACGGUACUCAGGGAAUGCUUAACACGAAUGGUCAGCUGCAAUACGCCAACCCACCUUUGGCUACGUCUCCUUCGGCGUCUUCUUUGGCAUCUCCGUUUUCAACUCCUCAAUUUUCCAAUGCUACGCCGUACUCACAUCACGUCGGUCAACAAAAUGCAGGUCAAAUGCAAUCUGUGCCAAACCAAUCAGCACGAACCGUUUACAUUGGCAACAUCCCGGCUGAGACUACGAUUAGUGAGGUUUUGGAUUUGGUUAAAUCUGGCAUUAUUGAAGCUGUUCGAACAUUUCCCGAGAAGAGCUGCGCCUUUAUCACCUUUGUUGAUGGAGCUGCUGCCGCUCACCUUUAUCAUGAAGCUAAUACCAAGAGAUUGGCGGUCAAUGGCAAUGAACUCAAGGUGGGAUGGGGUAAACCCAACGGCGGCUCGCCUAGUUUGCAUGUCGCGCUUCAGAGUGGCGCCACUCGAAACGUUUACCUCGGUGACCUGGAUGAUAAUGUGACAGAGCAAACUUUGAGAGAUCAAUUAUCAAAGUUUGGUUACAUUGAACACGUCAAAAUUUUGCGGGAAAGAAAUAUCGCUUUUGUUCACUUUUUGAGCAUUGCUAGCGCUAUUCGAUGUGUUAACAACCUGCCCAACGAUGCCAAGUGGGCAUCUCGUCGUGUCAACUAUGGCAAAGACAGAUGUGCCUAUCGACCCAAAAUGACUCAGAUGCACCCUUCACAGCCCUAUGCGCCCGCGUCAUCUGGCAAUUAUCAAGUUCCUUUCGGCUCUAUCAGCUACGAUCCAUUCACGGGGACCACGAUUGAUUCGUACGGUAACCACUCCUCUUCGUUGUAUCAUAGCAAUGCGUCUAUUGCUGCCAUCGCAAACCGCACAAUAUACCUUGGGAAUAUUCACCCGGAUACAACCACUGAAGAAAUCUGCAAUGUUGUUCGCGGCGGUAUUUUGAACCACAUUCGCUAUAUGCCCGAUAAGCAUAUUGCGUUCAUUGCCUUUGUCGACCCAUCGUUGGCGCUCAACUUUUAUAGUCAAGCAAGCUACCAUGGUAUUGUCAUCAAAAACCGAAGACUCAAGGUUGGCUGGGGCAAACCAUCUGCAUUGUCUGCAUCCGUGAUAGCAGCGGUACAGAACGGAGGAUCGCGCAAUGUAUACCUGGGCAAUAUUGAUGAAACCAUUACAGAAGACAAACUUCGACAGGAUUUUGGCGAAUAUGGCGAUAUUGAAUUGGUCAACACCCUUAAGGAGAAGAAUUGUGCCUUUGUCAAUUUCACUAGCAUUGCAUCCGCUGUUCGAGCUAUUGAUGGUAUUCGAUCUAAGGACGAGUAUAAAAAAUUCAGAAUCAACUAUGGUAAGGAUCGUUGCGGCAACCCUCCCCGUAUGCACAAGUCCGGCGGCUCCACCAUAGAAUCUGUUUCUACCGGUCUCAUCCCCGUCAUCAAUGGUCAUGCUGAAGUCGACCAUCCUGCUGACUCUGGUAUACCAAUUUCUAUUGACGAACAUCCUGACACUAUUACUGAUGUCAUUGGAUCCGUAUUAGUUUAAGUAAGUAGAUGGAAUGCUGUUCCACUAGCGUUACGUUGGCUAAUCAGCAUGAUUUUGUUUAGGCUACAUGGUUGUUACAGCACUUUGACUUGGAAGGCCGUGCGUAUCGAAGCAGCUCGUUUUUUUCUUUCUUCCUUUUAAUUGUUCUCAUUAGACUCUGCUUUUUCUCCUUCU